AUGCGCGCGUUUCUCGAUACCAUCACCAACACGAGCGCUGGCCAGGAUAAGUUCCUCAAAGUUGUCCAAAACGUCAUUCGACUUCUGCUGUCCAUAUCACUAUCUUGGAGAUACAAAUGUAGACUUCGCUGGCUCGACAAAUCAUUUUUUAUGCGGCUACGUGCGGAGAUCGGAGUCGCAGUCAAGCUCACUCGCGUCUGUUCUGUGCCAGGACAUUUACAGCAGCUGGGGGACGCGAUCUGCUCUAAAAGUGAGCCAGCUCUUCACCGGAUUCUACGAGUUGCCAGGGCUCUUGGAUAUACAGUUUUCGCAAUAGGAGAUCUUAUCAACUACCUCUCCACCAUUGCUUUUACGAUCCCCUCGAAGUGGAAACCAAGGAUUGCGCGGGCGUCCGUUCAUGCCCUCCUCCUUGCUACCGUAUGUCAAUUCUUGCUGGCUACGAUUUCUUCGACAAGGAAUAUCAAGAUCACAUCGCGGCGCGAUAGUCAUCGCCUGAAAUCAAAUGGCAUUCCUCGGUUUAAUAUAGCCAAGCAACAGGAACUACGAACCUUCCUUCCUCUUCUAAGCGCAGCCUGUGACAUGGUGUCUGCGGUCGCCGGCGCGGGCUACAAAGAGGUCAACGAUGCGACGCUGGGAAUCCUCGGGUCCUUGAGUGGCGGAUCCGGAUUGACUUUGAUUGUCACUAAAUAA